AUGGUAGACGAAAAGCGGUUGUGCAUCGAAGGUAUCGAGAUGCAGCAAAAAAUCACCCUGCCACACGUGAAAACAACGAAAACACACACAUCAUGGGGAGAAAUGCUUCGACAUUGGCCGAAAACUACAUUUUGUAUCGUGUCCAACGAGUUCUGUGAACGUUUCUCGUACUAUGGAAUGAGGAAAAUUCCUCAAAUAUGA